AUGGAUGAGCAGGCGGGGGGAUUUACGGAUGGACACCUGUUAUCCAAGAUACAGGAGAAGUUGGAGCAUCUGUCUAGGCUUUACAAUUCCGGGAAACCACUCUUCCCGCGGGCCCUGUUGGCGGAUCUAGAUGACCAGAUAGAACAAGGCAAUGACGAGGUGUACAUUGAUGACCUCGAUGAUGUGCGACACGCCUAUAGUCUGAAGAUCCCAUCUUGGUGCUCGGAUUUUGCAACCAACUACCGGAUCGGAUACAGCAGCAUUCAGAACCUAACGUGUAUCCACCCAUCAUUCCCUGAAAUCUCAUUGAGAGACAAUGCGCCAGUCUCAAUCUGCUACACUAGCUCGGCCGAGUUCCCCAAGAGUCCUGCAGAGGAUGUUCGUCGAGCCUUCAAAACCUCCCUCGUCGCAUGGAAAGCAAGCGAAACGUGCAAAACGCUCGAGCGCCAUAUGUCAACAUUGAGCUUCUCAACGCCCAUCAACAAGAUCAUCGGAUUUGGCUUGGGGACCUUAAGUGUCCUGGAGCAUGACUAUCACUCGACCCGCUCUCAUGCCCAACACGCGGCAAUCGGGUCCAUGGUCGAAACCUUGACGAGGCGGGGUAUAAACGGGGACCAGGAAAUAAAGUGCUACGCCCAGGACCCUGCGUACAAUGACGUGGACCAGGAUCUCCUGAGGAGCCUCGGGAUUGUGCCCCUGGAUGACCCCAAGGGAUUUCUCGAGAUCGACGCGUCCACCCUGGUUUUCUCGGUUAGUCCCAAUAUCCCCGUCAAGCAGGUCGUGGUGGAUGUUCAAUGGCCUGCCGCGAUGAUCUGGAACACGGUCAAUCCCGAGGAAAACGAGAAUUCCCGGUGGGAGAAGCAGAUGAGAAACGGGGAGGAGUUUUGGGUAGUUCCCUACACCACUGACCCGGAUUCAAAGCGCGUGCGUAAAAUGGUUGAGCACUACACAAGCGUGUCACUGUGCGACUUGGACGAGUAUUUUGGGGAUUUGACUAUCUACGUGAAAUGA